GGCUGGAUGAAGGAGAAUGUGUUUACUAGGGAAAGGAUAGACAGGGAAAGGGAGAGAGAGAGAGCGAGAGAGAGGGAGAGGAGUGGUUUUAUGUGCGGACGAUGCUUCCAAACUCUUUGGGAAGGAGAGAGGCGGAUAUGGCAGAGCAAGCUGUUUCUGCUCAGUGAGCAAACUGGUUUCAAGUCCCCCUGAAGUGUGCACUGCCUCCCUGCUCAGAGCUGGGAGGGUCUGCAGCCCUGGGUUUCAGCACAGCGAGAGUGUUUGUCUGCAGAAGCUAGAGGAGAGUAUCCCUUUCUCUGUCAGUGGUUGAGACCAGCCACCACCCCCCCACCCCCCGACACACACAAACACACACACACACACACAAACACACACACACACACACACACACACACACACACACACACACACACACACACACAGUGCUGGAAGUUGUCAGAGUUGUCUGACAGGCGACACAACGUCCCAGCACAGUUGAGAAAUUCCGAGCUGGAGCUGCAGCGAUAAACCUGACUGACUCUGACAUGGCGACAGAAGGGAGCCCCCCGGGAUCGCCGAGCAGCCCCCAUGUGUCUGAUGCCAACGCUGCUCAGUGCACGAUGCCAGACCCCAUCAAGAGGUUCCGAAACUGUGAACCCAAAGCCCUGGGUGUCGCGUUGUUGAUGUUGGGUUUAAUCGUGUUCUCUCUCGAAAUCCGGUGUCUCAACCUAGUGCCCUCGAAGGUGAUCCAGUCCGGGAGCCCCUUUCUCGUGGCUGUGUUGUUUGUCCUCACGGGAACCCUCGUCCUUCUCGGUGACCAGAAACCACGCCAAGGACUCCUGAGAGCGUGCCUGGCCAGCGCCAUCGUCACCAUGGUGGUCUCCGCCAUCGAGUUAGUCGUGUACCUGGUGGACAUCAGUGAACACAGGAAGAGGUCACUGCUCUGCCUGGUGGGUGAGGAUACCCAGAGAUGCUACCACCUCCUGGGAAAACAGAGAGUCCUGUACGUGAACGUCCCCAUCUUUUACCUGCUGACCCUGAGUGGCCUGGUCCUGUGCAUCAUCGUGUCCACCAGGGUCUACCAGCUCGUUCGCCUCGGGGACCCCGAGAUGGAGCAGCUGCUGCGAUCGUGCCCCCCUGGCGAUCCGGAAGGAGCCUCUCUGGUUUCCCCGGAGCCUGACCAGGAACACACUGAGCCGGCCGCACACCGCGGGACCGGGGGCCGGGAGACACCCAAGUCCAGAGCUGGCAAGAGGACGUUGCUCGUUCACAAGUUCCUGGAAGGACACCCCAAGGCUUUAGGCGUAAUCCACGUUGUCCUGGGACUGACCAUCCCGCUGUUAACGCUCGAAACGCUGUCCAUCAAUGCCUGGGAGAUGGUGAAAGUCGGCGUCAAUGCUUGGCUCACUCUUCAGUGUGUUGCCACGGGAACGGUGUCCAUCUUGGCUGAGAACAGGCCCACCGUCAACAUGAUCCGAGUCUGCCUGACCCUGAACAUACUGUGUGCUCUGAUCACUGCUAUCUACGCGAUAAUAUUACUGGAACAUGCCUCGGAAAUCAUCUUUUGUGUAUACUACCCGUGUGAGGAUACCCUGGAAAUUGCCAUGUCGGUAUUCCCACUGCUCUUCGAUCUAUUGGAGCACGUCGUUUCCGUGGUGAUGGCGGCCUAUUCUUGCAAGUCUCUGCGUUCGGUGCCAUUGACCAAGGCGGCCGUGGUCUUAAACGCUCCGUCAGCGCCAGUGUCCAGCUCCCAGUGAAACCCUCUGCCCCCACCCCCCCACGGUCAUGUGUGUUUGGUGAUCCGCUCCGCCAGCAGGGUCAUGAUGGGACAUGGGCGGCCGGGGGAGUUUGGGGGGGGUGGGAAAACGGGUUGGACCGAAUGGCCCCUGGCCCUGCUUCUGCAUUCCCACUCUGUUCCCCACCCUCCCCAACCCGGGGUUUCUGCGAAUCUCCGCAACCUCCUCCUUCUCAGGCGGUUUCUCAGCACCCGCCCUCGAACGCAAAAACCCAGCCGCGCCCGAGAGCCCCUCUCCCUCUCCGCAGCUCCCUUUCCUGACCGUGACCCUCCUCUCUCCAUCCCAUCCCACCGCGAGCGUUCCCCGGACUGAGUCCGUCCCCUUCCGCAUUGUCCAAGCCUCGAUUCCCUGCUCCCAAUCCCUCCACCCCAUCCCUGGCUGCACCGAGCGAAGGGGAUAGCUCUCCUUCCCCAACGUCCCUGUUUCCUUCCCCCCCAUCAUCGGGGGGAGAAGAGGUUUAAAAGUAACAUCUCUUCCCGGUCUCCGAUUUUAACUUCUCGCCCGCUCUGACACGGAUCGUCGCUUGCGAGAGCGAGCGAGAGAGAGAGAGAGUCUCGAAACUCCAUGUCAGUUCUGAACAACGUUGUUCAGGCGUUCCUUACCCCCUCCCUCGUAUGUCUCUGUCCACCGCAACACAGAAACAGACCCUUCGGCCCGACCUGUCCAUGCUGACCCAGAUAUCCCAACCCAAUCUAGUCCCACCUGCCAGCACCCACCCUCCAAAUCCUUCCUAUCCAUAUCCCCAUCCAAAUGCCUCUUAAAUGUUGUCAUUGUACCAGCCUCCACCACAUCCUCUGGCAGCUCAUUCCAUACACGUACCACCCUCUGGGGGAAAAAGUUGCCCCUUAGCUCCCUUUUAUAUCUUUCCCCUCUCACCCUAAACCUAUGCCCCUCUAGUUCUGGACUCCCCCACCCCAGGGAAAAGACUUUGCCUAUUUACCCUAUCCAUGCCCCUCAUGAUUUUAUAAACCUCUAUAAGGUCACCCCUCAGCCUCCGACGCUCCAGGGAAAACAGCCCCAGCCUGUUCAGCCUCUCCCUGUAGCUCAAACCUUGGCAACAUCCUUGUAAAUCUUUUCUGGACCCUUUCACAACAUCCUUCCGAUAUGAGGGAGACCGGAAUUGCCCGCGAUAUCCCAACAGUGGCCUAACCAAUGUCUCCGAACCGUCCAUAUGGAUAUCUUGAAAAAUGUAUUCAAACUCCCCACUCCAAUAACCUGUGUGAAUCCCAGGCCAUCGUUUGCGUGGUCUCUCUGCUGGGCUGAACUACUGCUGUUCUGGUCGACCCCAGCCCCAGGGACAGUCCAUGUGAUCACAGCAUCGGAAACCCACCCAGAGAAGCCCGCAUUUGUAUAGCCCCCCCCUUCGACAAAGCAGUCAGACGGAAAUGGGUCCCGGACCCAGGAAGGAAAGGAUUGGGAACUGGGCGAGCGGGGCGGGGAGUGGGGGAGGAGGUUUCAAUGGAAUGGUCACGGGACGGCGUGGGCUAGGAGCAGCAAGAGGCCAUUCAGCCCCUCCACCGUUCCCGCUGAGGUCAUCUCUCCGUCACCCCUCGAGCCUGUCUCUCUUUAACGCUCUCUCCACCUCCUCGUUCAGCUGAGUCCAUGUCCCAGCAUGCACCGUGCCCUGCGGGGGGUGACGUCCACAGACCCACGAGAGACAGAGAGAGAGAGGUCAUCCCUCCUGGGCCCUGUUUCACAUCGGCAACCUCUCACCCUCAACCUCUGACCUCUCGCUCCCGUGUGCCCCGCGUGGGGGAACACCCUCUCCCUGUCCACCCCCCGCCCCCCCCCCCCCCCCCCGACCUUUAGCAUCUCACUGACCUCCGUCACGUCUCCCCUCGUUCCCUCUGCACUCCCCCCGGACAGUAUCGAGACAAACUGCUCCGUCUCUGACUAAACCCCGUCCCCUCUGGGACCUACUGAGGGAGCUGACCCCCAACACACUCGUGUCAGGGUGGGGGAGGGGAGGGGGCAGGGGCCUACCAGACCAGUAGGCCACACUCCAUGGCCUGGUCUCACUGGAGCCUUGAACACUUACACCAAACACUUCCUGACUUUUCAACUCGCUUCCUGUCAGGACAGAAGCGGAAUUCCGGUUGCCUUCCUUAUUACCUACUUCGGAGCUCUGUGUGUGUGUGUGAAUCCAAGCAUGUUAAACACCGAUAAUUUAGCCAACGUGAUGUAUUCCUAUAAUAAUCUGAAGUGAAAUACUUCCAAAAUGGACCCAGCAUCUUCAGGAAUGGGAUGUAAAAUGAAUUAAAUAUAUAUUAAGCUAAAAAGCA